AUGCGGGUGUGCCUUACUUGUAGCGUAUCUGUGCUGUCGUUCGGUACGCGGUACUGCGUUUUUAUCGGUGUUACCGUUCCAGACUUGCAAAACAGCAAACGGCACGUACUCCAGCAGAGAGCUCGUACAGUAAAUGCACAGGAGCUUCACGCUCAUUUGAACGGCUGUAUCAGUUCUGCCACUAUGAAGAAGCUUAUGGCCGAGAAGCCGUACCUCCAAAUCCAGAAUGGAAUGACUGUGAUUGACAAAGGAAAGAAACGAACCUUAGAUGAAUGUUUUCAGAUGUUUCAGAUCAUCUAUCAGAUUACCACUAGGACUGAAGAUAUUUUACUGAUAACUAAAGAUGUUAUUAAAGAAUUUGCUGAUGAUGGUGUCAAGUAUCUGGAAUUGAGGAGCACUCCUAGAGAAGAAAAGUCCACAGGUAUGACCAAAAGGAUGUAUGUUGAAACUGUACUUGAGGGUAUAAAGCAGUGUAAAGAAGAAGGCUUGGAUAUAGAUGUAAGGUUGUUAAUAGCAAUAAAUAGAAGAGGUGGCCCGGCAGUUGCUAAGCAGACUGUUAAACUUGCUGAAGAGUUCCUUCUUUCCACUGAUGGGGUUGUAGUAGGACUUGACCUCAGUGGUGAUCCCACCGCAGGACAUGGUCAAGAUUUUAUUCCAAAUCAAGAAGAGGAGACCAAAAUUCUCCUGGGCCUGCCUCCUGACAGAAUUGGACAUGGAACAUUUCUCAACUCUGCAACAACAGGUUCAGAAGAGUUAGUGCCACUUGUUCGACAGAAUCAUAUACCUAUUGAACUUUGCAUGACAUCAAACAUCAAAACUCAGACAGUGCCUUCCUGUGACAAACACCAUUUUGGAUACUGGUACAGCAUGGGCCACCCUGCAGUGCUCUGUACUGAUGAUAAAGGCGUCUUUGCAACAGAUCUAUCGCAAGAAUACGAGCUGGUUGCAAAAACAUUUAAUCUGACUCGAUCACAGAUGUGGGAUCUUUCCUAUGAAUCAAUCAACUAUAUCUUUGCUUCAAGCGUAUUAAAAUCAAAGCUCAGGGAACAGUGGUGUAAACUGAAGCCAACUCUGUUUGAUUAAUCAAACUUGUUCUAAACAGCUUGGCUGUGUUAGCUUAGUUAAUAAGCAUUUUUUAUUGAAGUCCCUGGCUUUUUUCAGACUUCAGGUUUAUAAAUCCAGCCCAUAAAGUGUCCCUGUGCAAAAUGAAGACGACAGGAAUGUGUCCUUUGUUAGUGGGGACAGAAGUAAAUGUUCUUCUGUAGUUGGGAAGGGCUCUCAACCAGUGACUAAAAUUCCAAAUGUGUCAUCACGUCGUUUCUCUCCAGUUGAUACGACUUUUUUUAAAA